AUGCCGCCCGCGCCGCUCAUGGCGCGCCCCCAGGACGGGGGCGAUGCGGGCCCAGCGUCGUCGUGUGCGGCGCCGCCCGCGUCCAACGGCAUUCUGCGCUCGAAGACGCUCGGUCGGCCCAAGAACGCCGGCGCCGUCGCGGGCCGCCGCAGCGCCGCGGGGUCGAGUGCGCAGACCUCGGCGCACGGCGCCCACUCCUCGGGCCACACCUCCGCGCACACCAGCAGCCACGGCAAGCCCCAGCUGGGCGGCGUCGCGCAGGCCGCGCUCGCGAGCGCGUUCGGACACGGCGGCGGCGGCGGCGGCGGCGACCGCGCGCACGCCCGGCGCAGCACCUUCACGGGAGCGCCUGCCGCCCCGCCGGCGUCGCGCCUCGGCCACGCGUCGUCGUCCGCCGUGGACGACGGCCCGUCGUCACCGGCGGGGGCGCGAGCCGGCGCGGAGCGCGCGUUGACGGUCUCCGAGGCGGGCCAGCCGGCCGGCGUGCUGCCUACGCUGAAGGACCUGCAGGACCAUCUGGCGCAGUCGACUGUGCGGCGCGCGGGGAGAAUGAACUUUUUGGAGUCAGACAGCGGGCAGAGCAUUGGCGCGAACAAGCGCGGGUCGGUCUCGGGGACGGGCUCGACGGCGGCGCCCGGCACGCAGCGUGCGAGUGAGGCCGGAACGACACACGACCGCGACGGCGCUGGCAAGCUCACGCUCGCGCGGCUGCGCACGAUGUCGCGCCAGCGUCUCGACCUCGACCAGGCGCCGCAGCGGCGGGCGACCAGCAUGCUCGGGGACGUCCGCGAGGACACCCCCGCAGCCGCAGCCGCAGCCGGAGCCGGAGCCGGCCCGCGGAAGCUCGGCACCGUGCCGAGCGCGCGGACGAAGAGCAGCGGCGGCGACAGCAAGCCGCCGCCGGCCCCGGAGCGCCGCACGCCGACCAAGCCGCCCCAAAACACCCCCCCCCCAGAACCAGCACUGACUGACUUCGAGGUGCCUCUCGGGCACGGCGACGCGACGGCGGCGUACGGCACCAAGGGCGGGUACUUCGUGCUGCGUUCGAAGCACCGCGUGUACCUCGCGGACCUCCGCGGCAUCACCGUCCUGUGGCGCAAGGCCGCGCAGGAGUCGGGUGCGGGCCACAUCCUGCGGUCCGACGUCGCCAAGGUCGCGAACGCGCAGGGCCCGGACCGCCUCGGCUUCCGCAGCGGCGACGUCCUGCGCGAGCUCCUGCGGCGCCUCGCGGACCGCGCGACGUCGAACCUGGUGACGCUGGCGGAGAUCAUAGGGGCGGCGUACCCCUACGCGCGCGCGGACGAGGUCACGCAGCUCGCGCGCGAGGCGCAGACGGUCGCGACGGACGGGCGCGUGCCGCGCGGGUUCGACGCCGAGGACUGGAAGGCGGUGCGCGCGCUGUUCUUCCUCAUCAACAAGAACGCCAGCGGGCUGCUGCCGCUGAAGCGCGUCGAGGCGCUCGUGUGCGCGAUAGCGCCGGACACGGCCGAGAACUCCGCCGUCGGCACGCUCGUGCGGCAGCAGCUGCGGACCGUCGACCAGCGACACCUCGGCAGCGGCGCGUUUGACCUGGAGGCGUGGGCGGACUGGUUCGUCAGCGUGAACCGGAUCUCGGAGCGGCCGCUGAGCACGGAGGAGGUGCACGCGCUGACGAAGCCGGGCUCGCAGGAGCUGCGGGGCCUGCUCGCGAAGAUGGAGGACAGUGGCGGCGCGACGCCUCCAGUGCCGACCGUGCAGCAGCGCCGGAAGGCGUCGAGCGCGAUCUUCAUGGACGACUCGCUCACGCGCGCGAUGCGCGACAGCCAGCACACGCGCCUGGCCUGA